AUGUCAAGCUCGCAGGAGGGCGGUACCGGUACCAAAGGGUCGGCAAAGGCAGCGGGCGGUCCCUCUGAGGGCAUGUUCCAGAGACGCUUUCCCAGGCUCAGUGCCACCUUUGCCCGCUACCAGUCGAGCAGGUUGGGGCGCAUUGGCGCGACGGCGUGGACACGGAGAAGGCCCAUCUUCUUUGGCCUGGCCAUCACCUAUGGCGUCUUCAACUACGCCGUCAUUCGCUCAGAGGCAUAUGUUCGCGAUUAUAUUCACCCAGAUACAUGGCUCGUCCUCAAAGUCUACCCAGGCUCCAUCGUCGAAUGCCGCUCGGCACCCAACCUGGCUGCGCUCCUUAACUCGCCCAGCAGUGGCGAAGAUGCACCGCGGGUGAUGGAGCUCUUUGAGCUGACACGGGCCCUCAAGCUUGCCCAGGCCGACACUCGCGUCAGGGGCCUCUUUGCCGACUUCUCUGGCCUCCAUGUCCCUUCGAAUGUGACGCCCGAGUCGCUGGGAAUGGGCCAGCUCGAGGAGCUCGUCCAGGCUGUGCACGAGUUCAAGCUGGCCAAGAACGAGCAAAUGGCUGCGCUGGCCGAGGCUGAGCGUGCCAUCACUGCCAGCGACGACAACGGAGAACUACAGCUUGCCAAGAAGGCUGGGGCUGGAGUGCAGCAGCAGCAGCAGCAGAAGGAUGGCCCAGAUGAACGUGAGCAGCGGGCGACCGCAGCAGAAGAGGCCAAUGUCGUAAAAGGAGUCCUGGCAACGGCAGGAGAGGACGGCAAGGCAGAAGAAAGCACAGACACGCUGCCGACGACGAUCGCUUGGGCAGACUCGUUUGACAGCCAGGGUGCCUAUCUGCUGGCCAGCGCAUUCGACCACGUCUACCUCCAGCCAAGUGGCGAGGUGCCGCUGACGGGUGUGGCAGCCCAGCUUCCCUUUGUCAAGCGUGCCCUCGACUGGCUCGGCAUAAAGGUCCACGCAGAGGCCAGGAGAGAGUACAAGUCAAUGAUCUCGACCUUUACCCAGAGCGAGUCGCUGCCACCGGCGCAGCUCGACAAUGAAGCACACCUGUUGGGCGAGCUGAGCAAGAGCCUGGCCUACGCCAUUGGCGUCAACCGCUUUCCACACAUGGAUCCCGACGAGGCAGCCGACUUGGUCGCCGACCUUACGAAACGCGGGCCUUUUUCCGCCAAGGAGGCCGCCGAGCUGGGCCUCAUCACUGGCGUGCGCUACAAGCGCGAGAUCGUCCGCCUCUUUGGCGAGGAACCGCACCUGCGCAGCGUCGCCUCGUACAGCCGCAUCUACGACAAGGUGCUCGACAAGACGCUCAGCGACGACGAGAAGACGGCCGUCGCCGUCGUGUACCUCCGAGGCACCAUUUCCAAUGCUCCCGGCGACUUUUCGGCAUCGUCGUGCAUCCGCGGGCUCAAGGAGGCAGGCGAAGACGAAGAGAUAGGCGCCAUUGUCCUCCGCAUCGACUCGGGCGGCGGCGACGUCGUGGCUAGCGACUCGAUCUGGGAUGCCGUCAAGCGCGUUCAGGAAGACUAUGGAAAGCCUGUGAUCGCCUCCUUUGGCAACGCCAGCGCUUCCGGUGGCUACUACGCUGCUGCGGGUGCCGAUGCCAUCCUCGCCAACGAGUCGACCAUCACGGGCUCCAUCGGCGUCGCCAGUCUCCGCCCGACGGUCACGCGCACCUUUUUCGACCGGCUCGGUGUCACGAUGCAGACGAUCUACACCGGCUCCAAGCAGCAGAGCUCCCUCCACGAGCUCGAGCCUGAGCAGAAGGAGAGGCAGUCCAAGCACAUCGACGAGACCUACGACUCCUUUCUGGACAAGGUCUGCGAAGGACGCAAGAUUUCCAAGGACGUCAUCGAAGAGCUCGCUGGAGGAAGAGUGUGGACCGGCCUUUCGGCUUGGGAGAAAUGCAACCCAGACCAUGGCCACGGCGACGCAGCAAAGGCGGUAGACGGCGAAGAGAGUAUAGAUAAAGACAAGGACAAAGAGGAGAAGGGAAAGAAGACGGCAAAGCAGGGAGAACGGGCAGGAAAAGUCCAUGAAAAUGGUAUCAAGGCCAUCAGCCUUACGAGUCGGUGGCUGACCCGAGAAGUGACGAGGAACGGCGAGAUGUCGACCUACCGCAUCUACCAACAACCUUCCACGGAUGGCAAGAACGAGGAGGAGCAGGAUGGCCAGGGCUGGGCUCAAGGUGCAUCGGGUGAAAUCGACACAACGAGCGAUGACGAAGAGACGCAAGAGGCCAUCCGCGAAUUCAGCAUGGCCGCUGCAAAUUCGAAUGAGGAAGAAGUCGCGACACAACAGCAGCAAGUUGUCGCCCACUCGCCUAUGGAACAGGGCGAGAAAGCAUCCUCGGUAGAUGAGGAGGAGGAGUGGCUAUCCCUUCUUGCUGCCGCUGCACACGAAGAAGCUGCGAAUUCAUCUUCCAUCGUCCAAAACGGAAAGGCGAGCAAUGCGCGAGAAAAAGCAGAGGAGCCGCUGGGACCCUAUGGCCGAGGUCUGAUCGACUCAAUUGGCGGCCUCUGGUCAGCAGGGUGCAUGGCCAUGUCGAUGGCGUUCCAGCGCGAGGUGGAGGAGCUGAUCAGGUCUGGCAUGACGAUGGAACAAGCGGGCGCGGCCGUGCGGCCAGGAUGCCGACGAGACGUAGACGAGAAGGGUAACGUAUCGCUCUCGAGCGACCUCCAACUGGUGCGCUACCCGAGGGAACGGACAUUCCGAGAGCGCAUCCGAAAGAUCAACCGGGAAGGGGACAAACCCAACCUGAGCAUGGGCCUCGGCUACCUUUUGCCCUCGAUGGAUGCCAUCAGGGUCGAGCUGGGCAGCAUGGCUGCAAGGGCCGCCGUGAGAAUUCUUGCCUCGACGUGGACGGACCCGCAGAUGGUGCAGCAUCUCAUCGCACAGGUGCAGAAAGAAGGGGGGUUGGGACAAGCUAGAAUGAAGGCCGAGUACGAAUACAGCGGCAUCAGUACUGGAAUCUAA